GCCAGCUGCCAGCCCCGCCUUCAAAUACCUUUCUUGACCAUGAACAACGACAGCGAGGCCACGCCUCUUCUCUCUGUCAAAUAUGUUCCUUCUCCAGAUACAUUGACCAAAUUGGUGAAGCGUCUCCGUGCACUGACGCUAACGCUCUUACCGGUUGAGGUUUCUCCGACAAGCCUUAGCGAGCCUACUAGCCGGAUCAUCACACCCCAGGUCAUUGCUGCGUAUCGUGAAUCGGCCGGAGAUUUUGUUGAGGCGCUCCCAUACUGCUUGCUUAGAGCUCGGGCAGAAUUUAUGUAUGAUGCCGACCAUAACCCAGCUGAUUACGGAGAGAACUAUGGCAGAGCUAUCGCGUGUGAGGUGCUUGCUAGGAAAAUCGUGCAUCAGUCUCCACCAGAUCGGGUCAAUGCAUUUAUGUCGACGCGCUUCAAACAUCGGCAAAUUGAUGGAGACGAGAGUGACAUGGCGAGUGCGCUUGAGAUGGCCAUUGAUUCACAUUGUACUAUAUUCCUGUCCUCGACGGAAGCACAAGAUGUCGUUGGCGCCCUUUGGCGAGGCGACCUAAUUCAGAAAAACAACGAAAACCUUGAGAUUGAAUAUGUUCCAUACUCCGAAACCCAUCCCGAAACGUUCUGGGGACAUCUGGAUCCGUCUCGCCUUUCAGUACCCAGAUAUCAGAACAUCGUCCGCGUAAUUGUCUGGUUCGUGCUUCUGUUUGUUUACUGCCAGACAGUUCGACAGCCAGCAGAGCGGCUAGACCCUCUCAACAAUGCCUAUCUAGAUGGAUGGGAAGACGCCUUCUACUUACUAGCACUAUCUAUAACUUUGGAAGACGUUUACAAGUUUACGAAGCUUCUGACCUUUGUUACUUGGCGUGCAUUUACGUUCUGGAACAUGGUCUCCCUUAUCACCGAUUCACUCAUACUUGCUGCAUUCAUUCUGCGCGUCGUUGCCAUGCGUGUAACAAGCGACGAGGAACAAAUCAGGUUAAGAAUUGCGAGUUUUCAAGUCCUUAGCUUUGUAUCUCCGUUCAUUUGGAUGAAGCUCUUGACUGUCUUUGAUGGCUACAAAUACAUAGGCACAAUGCAAAUAUGUAUCGCUCGAAUGCUACAGGAAUCAGGCAUAUUUUUUGCUCUACUGUCCGUCAUGGCUUUAGGUUUUACACAGGCACUGUGGGCUUUGGACGCGGCCGAUGGUCAGGCUAGUCCACCAUCAUCCGUGGUGAAUGUACUGGUUCAAGCCCUUCUAGGGUCUCCAAAUUUCGACAUUUUCUCAAGCUCAAGUGGCCUUGUGAUGUACUACUUCUGGAACGUCGUGACGGCAAUAAUUCUUCUCAAUGUACUGAUAUCCUUGUUCGCAUCUGCAUAUCAGAAUAUUGUUGAUGACGCAGAAGCGCAAUAUCUGGCUUUCUUCGCUGGUAAAACAGUGGGAAUGAUCAGGGCACCUGAUGUCUAUGUCUACCCGGCGCCUUUCAAUCUCAUUGAAAUCCUUUUUGUUACGCCUUUCGAGCACAUCCCGGGCGUUCGUUUAAACGACAAAAACUACGCUAAGUUAAACAGAGCUGUAAUGCGAGUGGUUUUCAUCAUUCCUUUGACUCUUAUUGCUCUAUACGAGUCAACUCGCGGACGCCACUGGGUAACGGAUUGGCUACGUAGUGAUAAUGAAGGCGACGAGAACUAUUCUCAAAGCAAGGAUCCAGAGGCAGAUGCUGAGGAGGAUGGCCGCAAGAUAAGCAAGGUCCCUUUCGAAGAACUGAUCAAGGCUUUCCCCAAUACUGCUCAGUCGAGCGAGGAAUUACUUCUGAACGAGAUCAAUGGAUUGAAGAAGCAGCUGAACGCUGUUCUACAAAAAUUGGAUGGAGGCGGUGCCAGCGUGAAAGGAGAGUAACUGAAGGGGCUAACAAGAGUGAAAACGGACAGGAGCGCAGGUCUACUUCUGUAGCGAGCUGAUGCUGGAGCCUAUUAUCCUACGAAUACAUUUUCUUGAUUACUCUGACUCGCGGAUAGGACCACGGGUACAUGGGU